CUCAUUCUCUGGCGGGCGCGCGCACCCUUCCACGCGUCUGCCUCUUCCUUUCUGUUGCGCGUGAACGCGGAGCUUUUUUCCUCUGCUCGAUUCUCUCUCUCUCUCCCUCGCGCUCUCUCUCUCUCUGUCAGCUCGCUUACGCGCGCGCGGCUCGGAGCGGGAGUCAGAAAGAAUCAAAACACAGCAGAAAAAGCGAGUGAAGGAGGAUUAAAGCACACGGGGACGGACCGGAAAGUGUAGAGAGAACACAUAGGCGGGAAACGGGUGGACGGUUAAGGUGUUAAAUAUCCUUUUUACCAAUACGGAGUACCGUUUCCCCCCCCUCUUCUUCUUCUUCUUCAGUGACUGAGAAGGACCUGAGAACAUUUUCGAGUUUUUUUCACGGACGUGUUAAGGUCGGUGUUAGCGUGGCGCGCGCGGACAGCCGGUAAUUCACCCCAGUGUAAAUAACUGCUAAAAGAAGGAAAGGAAAGAAAAUUGGCAACAAAACUACUUCAAAGCUAGUGAAUGGUGCUUUGUGAGCGUUGUUGUUAAGUUGUUUCCUGUUGUGUCGGUGAAGAAAGACUGAGUGGACGACACAUUGUAACAAACACAAGAUGAUCUCUUCUUCCUCUACUUCUUGUUCUUGGACAUGUUGUGAUUAAAACCUCUCCGCAGACGCUUAACGGUCUUGCACUGAAGAGAUUGUGGAUCAAAACACCAGGCUUUGAGGUGUGUUUCUCUCCAGAACUCUCCAGAGCUUCACGUUGUGGUGAUGAUGAUGAUGAUGAUGAUGAUGAUGAUGAAGAAGAGGAAACUACACUGAUUUGAGAAUGACGAGGUUUUCCUGAUUCAGUACUCGGGCACAAGUUUGGAGUCUGACCUUUUCCUUGUCAGAGAUUGCAGAGAGUGCAGCUUUAUCAGGAGUAGAUUUCCAGCUUAUCAGAAUGACAGACCUCAGGAUCAGGAGUUCAUCUGAGUCGUUUCACGUUGUCCAACAGGACUGAGAUCACUUCCUCGUCCUAUGGACUGUUAUCCAGAACCCUAGCUCGGACCGCGUUAACAUUUCGGACGUUCGGACGCUUUUCGUGACUCCUCGGAGUCUUGGGCAGCGGCCCCUCGGCCAGACUGUCAUAUCGUCCAGAGGGCUUUCUGAGCUUCGUUCGUCUUUCCGCUGUCACUAUGGAGGAGUGGAGACAGUGCGCCCGGUGGCUCAUCGACUGCAAGGUCUUGCCCCCGAAUCACCGGGUGGUUUGGCCCUCGGCUGUCGUCUUCGACCUGGCCCAGGCGCUCCGAGAUGGGGUGCUCUUGUGCCAAAUGCUGCACAAUCUGUCACCCGGAUCUGUAGACCUGAAGCAGAUCAACUUCAGGCCUCAGAUGUCACAGUUCCUGUGCCUGAAGAACAUCCGGACGUUUCUCAAGGUGUGCCACGACAAGUUCGGUCUGAGGAACAGCGAGCUCUUCGACCCCUUCGACCUGUUUGACGUGAGGGACUUCGGGAAGGUGAUCUCUGCGCUGUCCAGAAUCUCCCACCACAGCAUCGCUCAGAUCAAAGGCAUCAGGCCUUUUCCAUCAGAGGACACAGCGCUGAACGAAGAUGACGUCUACCGAAGCUUGGAGGAACUGGCCGAUGAGCACGAUGUGGGUGAGGACGAUAUCUACGACUGUGUGCCGUGUGAAGAUGAAGGAGAUGAUAUCUACGAGGACAUCAUUAAGGUGGAAGUUAGACAGCCCAUGAAAAUGGGCAUGACGGAGGACGACAAGAGGAACUGCUGCUUGGUGGAGAUCCAGGAGACGGAAGCGAAGUACUACAAGACACUGGAGGACAUUGAAAAGAGUUACAUGAUCCCCCUGAAGCAAGUCCUAACUCCACAGGAGAUGAAGGCCAUAUUUGUGAAUCUAGAGGAUAUCAUCAGAGUCCACUUUGCCUUGCUGAGGGCUAUCGACCAGAACAUGGUGAUCGGAGGCAGCGGACUUGGAAAGAUCUUCCUGGACUUCAAGGAGAGGCUGCUGAUCUACGGUCAGUACUGCAGUCACAUGGAGCACGCCCAGAAGACGCUGGACGACCUGAUUGCCACACGGGAGGAGGUGAAGUGUAAAGUGGAGGAGUGCACCAUGAAGGUACAGGAGGGGAAGUUCAAACUGCAGGAUCUGCUGGUAGUUCCUAUGCAGAGGGUCCUCAAAUACCACCUCCUGCUCAAGGAGCUGGUGAGCCACUCGAUGGAUCGGCCGGAGAGACAGCAGCUGAAGGAGGCCCUGGAAGCCAUGCAGGACCUGGCCAUGUAUAUCAAUGAGGUGAAAAGGGACAACGAGACUCUGAAGAAAAUCGGGGAAUUUCAGUGCUCAAUAGAAAAUUUGCAGGUGAAACUGGAGGAAUACGGGAGGCCAAAGAUAGACGGAGAAAUCAAAGUGUGCUCUAUAGUUAACCGGACCAAACAGGACAGGUACAUCUUCCUGUUUGAUAAAGUGGUAAUUGUGUGCAAGAGAAAAAACUACAACUACGAGCUGAAAGAAAUCAUCGAGCUCCAGUAUUACAAAAUGUCAGACGACCCUACAAAUAACCGAGACAUGAAAAAGGCCAGUGGAAAGAUGUGGUCGUACGGCUUCUACCUGAUCCAUCUGAAAGGCAAGCAAGGCUUCCAGUUCUUCUGCAAGACAGAAGACACCAAAAGAAAGUGGAUGGAACAGUUUGAGAUGGCCAUGUCCAACAUCAAGCCAGAGAGAGCCACGGCCAACCAGCACGACUUCCAGAUGCACACGUUUGAAAAGAACACCAACUGCAGAGCCUGUAAGAUGCUCCUGAGGGGGAUCUUCUAUCAGGGUUACUACUGUUCCCGCUGUGGGACCGGUGCUCAUAAAGAGUGCCUGGAGGUCAUCACCAUCUGUAAAAUCAAUCCCCAUGAUUCGGAGCUUGGACUUCCUCAGUCAGGUCCAAAGAUGGUUGCAAUCAGGAACUACCACGGUACUCCAGCUCCCCCGGGAAAGUGCCCUCUCUCCUUCCAAACAGGUGAUGUCAUUGAGCUUUUGAAGGGAGAUCCAGACACCUCUUGGUGGGAGGGGAAGCUCAUUCAGACCCUGAAGAUCGGCUACUUCCCCAGCUCCAGCGUAAAGCCAUGUCUAGAUCCAAAGCCGUCUCAGUCUCUUCCCAGUCGUCAGUCCUCAAGAGAGAUGGAUUACAAUGUUUAUCCUUGGUUUGCGGGGAACAUGGAGAGGCAGCAGGCUGAUAACCUCUUGAAGUCUCACAGCAGCGGAACAUACCUGAUCAGAGAGCGAACCGCGGAGGCCGAACGCUUUGCCAUCAGCAUAAAGUUCAAUGAUGAAGUGAAGCACAUUAAAGUGAUCGAGAAAGACAACUGGAUUCACAUCACAGAAGCAAAGAAGUUUGAGAGCCUGCUGGAGCUGGUGGAGUAUUAUCAGUGUCACUCACUGAAAGAGAGCUUUAAGCUGCUGGACACAACGUUACGAUACCCGUACAAGUCCAGAGAGCGCUCCAACUCCAGAGCCAGCACCCGCUCUCCAGCAGCCUCCUGUGCUUCCUACAACUUCUCCUUCCUCAGUCCUCAAGGCCUCAACUUCUCAUCUCAGAGCUCUACUCCCUUCUGGUCAGUUUUCACACCGAAGGUGGUGAGCACAGCGGUGGCCAGAUAUAACUUUGCCGCUCGAGACAUGAGAGAGCUGUCUUUGAGAGAAGGCGACACCGUGAAAAUCUACAGCAAAAUCGGAGGAGACCAGGGCUGGUGGAAAGGAGAGGCUAACGGCAGGAUUGGCUGGUUCCCUUCAACAUACGUCGAUGAGGAAGGCGUGCAGUGAAGCUCUGAUGUCAUCUGCUCUCUCCAAUCAGAUCGUCUCUUGUCCACUUCCGUCUGGGAGGGGAUUUCUUCGGUUUCCACAGAAACCCCUUGUGGAAUACAUGUUUGUGUUUGUUUUGUUUUUUUUAGCUGGAAACUGAUUUUACAGUGAAUAUUUGUACUCCUGUUUCUUCAUUUCAAAUCUAGUUUUCUUUUUUUUUUUUCUUCUUCAUCUUCCUCUUCUUCUUCUUCUGAACAUGUCUGUGUGAUCUGUGUGAAGAAAACUGGAAAUUGUUUCUGUUGGAGGAACAGAGCAGAGCAGAACUUCAUAUUGGCAGGGCAGAGCUUCUGCUAAUCCUGAAUUUGUGUAAAAAAAAAAAAAAAAAGAUCUAUAAAGAUUUCUAUGGCCAAACAGCAUGAGCUGCGGUGGGAGGGGGGGUGUAUAGAUAAUUUAUUCCAGAGAAGUAUCUAUGAUUUAAAAAAAAACAAAAAAAACAAGAAGAAGAAGACUUGUGUAGAAAGUUUAUUAUGAACGUAACCUGGAAAAGAUGCACUUUGCAUUUCUUUACAGCGAGAACUUGCCUUAGUAGUCAUUCGAAUGCCUUGUGGGCUGACAGGAGCGGUGGAAACGUGCUGUGGGGAAAUUUUUACAGAUACACGCAAAUGAAAACACACCUCUGCCCUGUUUAGUAACACGGUGCCUUUAACAGAGUGCGGUCGCAGCUCUCAGACCACACGUACAGGUUCUCCCUGAUCCAUCAACUCUGGACAUCAGUCCAGCCUGGGAAACCUUUCUGAUGAGUAAUCUGUAACAAAACGGAGGGUCCACUGGAAAUAUCCUCAGGAAGAUGAUCAUCUCGGUGAUGCGAGAGAAUACGGUAUUGAGGACUGCAUAUACGGUAUCUGCCUGCAUACAGAACUGAGAGUCCAACCUAAACACUUGGUGUGUUGAUGUGAAGAAAUACGGUGGUCUCUUGGAAUCUGCAGUUUCCUUCAUUUUUUUUUUUUUUUUUUUGAUCCAGUUCCAGGAACAAUGCGAAAGAUUUUAUAAGGCAUUUUGGUUCAAUAUUAUGAUUCUAAUCACACCUGUAAUAAUUUCCCGAUUUUCUGUUGUUAAGUCUAUUUAUCUUGCCUUACUGAUUGGUUGACCAAUGGUGCUGCAGUGGUGUGUUUUUAUUCUGUGGGUUCGGAACAGGAUUCUGUGGACUAAGAGCCCGCUGCUUUACCUGAACCUCAGCCAUCAAGUGCACUUUAUCCAUCAGAGACCAUGAAACAGGCUGCAAGACAAAAAAAAAUGUUCUCAUGUCACGAGAUAAACAAGGACGGUUAUACAAAUGGACUGCCUUUCCGAAAAUCCUUGUUUCUUGGACCCGACAUCAAACGGUCCUCUGAUAGAGAAAGAGUACUCUUGUGAUUUUCCGACACGCUGAUGAUCGAGCCUGUCAGUACUUAAUCAUACUUCUGAACUCCUCCUUCCGAAGCUGCACUGAUAUCAGCCCGUCAUGUAAUCUACUGAAAAACAUCACGUUGCUGUGUUCCAUCAACCAACACUGGCACUGUUUCACAAAAAAACGCUGAUGGAAGAGAUGGACGGUAUGCGCUUAUCUGGUGAGAAACGUUCACUGGCCUGAGACGUUCUGUGGUUUAGCCAAGGAGCUUCGUUGCUGUUUGUGUAGUGGACAGAAAGCCAUUGCAUGUGCUCAUAGAUAUUACAACUCCUGUCAGUGAUCCAGAAAAAAAACAACAAAAAAAAAAAGAAUAAAUAAACUAAUUGUGUACUUUUUUUUUGAAUGGUCAGUUAUUUCCAAACUGAAGUCUAUCAUGAAAUAAAUAUUUCUUCUUUUGUCUAA